UAGUUGCCUUACUUCCUUUGAAAAACUUUCUCCCAAAUUCAAAAACUCUCUCCCAAUUGCAGUUUAGCUCCUUUCCCGCUAUUAAACAUGUUGUGGCACCUGGAAUUUGAAAAAUGACAAAAAAAAAAGUCGCAUUCGAUGACAAUGGAAGUUAGAGGUUGGAUUGAUGGAGAUGAGAGCGGCAGAGAGAUGCUGUCUAGGCUUCUUACAGAGCGCCCGUAUUUGCAUAUUCCUCCUUUUCAAAAAUUUCCUCUUCGCGUCGGUAAUGUAGUGGAGCUUGUUGGCCCUUCUCCUUGUGCCAAAACCCACAUCCUCAUGCAGGCUGCAAUCGAUUGCAUUCUUCCAAAACACUAUGGAGGAUUGGGUCACUUAGUAUUGUUCAUUGAUUUGGAUUGUCGUUUUGACAUCUUACGCCUAUCCCAAAUGCUCCGCAAUCGAAUUUUCCAGGCAAAUAAGAAUCAAUCAAAUGAUGAGGAAUUAUUUGUAGAAUGCAUGAGACGAUUUCUCUAUAUCCGUUGUUAUGAUACUCUUGAAUUUCUUGCUACUCUCAAGACAUUGCAUUACCAGCUUCAAAAGGAAAGGCAAGCUCAAGGAAUUGGUGUUAAUUUCCUAAUGAUUGACAGUAUUGGAGCUUUUCAUUGGGUAGAUCGGGCUUCAACAUCAUUGCACCUUGGGGUCGAUAACAGGUGACUAUAUCAUUUGGUUGCAGAUAAAAUGCCUAUCAUUCAAUCCUAAAGUUUUCUUGAAUUCCAGGGAAAAGUUCAAAUUAU